AGUACAAUCCUUCCCCGCCUCCCUGCAACAAGUUAAUCCUUCACCGUCCUCUCCCAGGGCUGAGUGUGCUCGAGCGAGAGAGUCUGACGCGGAGGACCCUAGCUCCCCGCGAGGACUGACGCACUUCGGUAAGACGGUGGUUAGAGAGAUGAACCGGCUGGGCUUAAUGGUGGAUUUGUCACACGUGUCACAGGCGACAAUGAAGGCGGCGCUGGAAGUGUCGAGAGCUCCGGUUAUCUUCAGCCACUCUUCCGUGUACUCCAUCUGCAAGAAUCCGAGGAAUGUGCCAGACCACAUCCUUAGGAAAGUGGCGAGUAACGGAGGCAUUGUGAUGAUCAGCUUCUACAACUAUUUCCUCACCUGCAGCAAGGAGGCAACCAUCAGUGACGUCAUAGAACACAUCAAUCACGUGAGGAAAGUGUCUGGUGUUGAUCACGUGGGAAUUGGAGCAGACUUUGACGGCAUAAAUAUGCUGCCUCAGGGGUUGGAGGACGUGUCAGGGUAUCCACGACUGUUCGCCGAGCUGAUGUCUGACCCAAACUGGUCACUGCAGGACCUAAGGAAGCUGGCGGGGCACAACCUACUGAGGGUGAUGAGGGAAGCUGAGAGGGUUGGCAUGGAGCUUCAGCAGCAGAGAGUGACGCCCAACGAGGAGGAACUACCACUCACUGACCUACACCACGACGACUCCUGCUUCUAUCGCUUUAUCCGCCCCACUGACAACACCGACUGAUCACCUCCCACCUGCCGACCGACCUAUAUGGGCAGGUGACCUUUGAAAACGAUACAGUGAGGAAAACAACUACAGGAGAUGGCGAGACAAACAUUAAUUAUUUAUCAAUGUUACAAAAUUACUUAGGCUGCGUUAUGUUGGGCAGAUCGCGUAGCUGGGAUGGAGGGGAGAGAGGGGCGCAGGCCAGUGGGGAGCCAGCAAAGGUGGAGACAACGUGAAGAGGGAUGAUGAUUAUGAUGAUGAUGAAUAUAAUGAUGAUAAUGAAUACAAUGAUGAUGAUGAUGAUGAUGACUUAAUGAUGAUGGGUAUUUUUCAAACAUGAUCUUUACUUUAGCCACAAAAUAACAAUAAAUGUAAACAAACAGAAGUGCACCAGGUC